AACCGCUCUGAUCCCUCCCCCUCCAUUUAUCUCCCUCCACUCCUCUCCCCUCCCUCCUCCCACCAACCAGAUCCCCUUCCAGCUUCUCCACAACCAUGGCCAUGGCGACCUCCUCCUCUCCCUCAUCUCAUCCCAGCUCUACCCUCAUACACCCAGGGGCAACUCCUGCUUGCUAGCUUGCGAAGCUAGUUCCCCCUCUAUCCGGCCACUGUAAGUAGCCAGCAGAUAGCCGUAAAUUCAGAGUAUACAGAGAAAGCAGCACAUAGCCGUAAAUACAGAGUAUACAGAGAGAAAUUUUAAGAUCGAUAUGAUGAUGGGGACGAAGAGCGCGGGGCCGAUGCGGCGGACGACGAGCAUGACGGAGUUCGCCCCGCCGGACGUGCUGGCGGGCGUGGCCGAGGAGCAGGAGGAGGCCAUGGCCGCCGAGGAGACGACGGAUCGGCUGCAGGUGCACGAGGAGAAGGAGGAGGAGAUAGCCCACGGGUGGAUCGGCCGCGGGUACAGGGCGCGGCCGCACCGGCGGAACUCGGCGGACUUCUCCGCCGCCGUCGAGACCGCCGCGUUCCUCCACGCCUGCGGCCUCUGCAACCGCCGCCUCGGCCCCGGCCGCGACACCUUCAUGUACAGAGGGGACGCGGCGUUCUGCAGCCUGGAGUGCAGGCAGCAGCACAUAGCGCACGAGGAGUGGAAGGACAAGUGCGCGCUCGCGGCGCCGGCCGUGGUGGUCAUGGCGGACACGGUGGCGCCGGCGACCGCCAGCUCCGUCGACCAGCCCAACGCCGGAGGCACGCUCGCCGCGGCAUGAGGCUGCCGCAAGUAUAUAGCUAUGUCCAUCGAUAUGAAUAUGUCAUGACGAUACCUUUGCCCUCCUAAGCUGUGCGUACGCCUCUGUAUUAUCUGGCGCGCGUGGCUCGACCAUGGUUCUGAGAUCAUAACGGCCUUAUGGUUUAUGAAGUCAUACGUUGUAAGUAGCUUCUUAAUUUCACGCCGCCUUCAUGUGCGCUGUCCAUGGAUCAACCGAGAGAUUCUUGCAGUUACUACCUACAUCGACAUGUGAAAUUGGAUGAGUUUUUAUCGCGAUGCAUAUCUAUUAUUGUGCGCGCCAACAUACUUAAUUUGCUUCA